AUGGAGGCACUCUCACCACGCUCCACAAAUCAGAUGAUCAAGCCUAAGCCUGGGAUGGAUUGCAAAGUUCUCGAUAAGAAUGCUGCUGCUGCCGGUGCUGGCCAGAAGGCUGCGCCUUCAAAAAAUCACGCCGCGCCCCCGCCGUCGAUAGUCCCGGAGCCAGAGGAUGGCGGAGAGAAAUACUCGAUUGGCGCCUUUCUGGGGAAAGGAGGCUUCGCCGUCUGCUACGAGGGGACAUUAGCGCGCAACGGCCGAGUUUUUGCCAUGAAGGUGGUCAAGUCGCAAAUGCCUCAGAAGAAGAUGGAGGAGAAGUUUCGGACCGAGUUGCAAAUUCAUUCCAAGAUGCGACACCCCUUCAUUGUCCAAUUUUAUCGUGCAUUCGCCUUUGAGCACAGUACCUAUGUUGUCCUCGAGCUAUGUCCCAAUGGUUCAGUCAUGGAUAUGGUUCGGAAGAGACGGUGUCUAACCCUACCGGAAGUGAGACGCUUUAUGAUCCAGCUAUGCGCUGCCGUGAAGUAUCUACACAAGCGAUUUGUGGCACACCGCGACUUGAAGAUGGGGAAUUUGUUUCUGGAUCACAGCAUGAACAUCAAGGUCGGAGAUUUCGGGCUUGCUGCCAUUAUUCUAUCCGACAAGGACGCCAAGCGGCGAAACACGCUGUGCGGGACGCCCAACUACAUUGCGCCUGAAGUACUUGACAAAAGCAAAGGUGGCCAUACUCAGAAGGUCGACAUUUGGUCUUUGGGUGUUAUUUGCUUUGCCAUGCUCACGGGGUACCCGCCUUUCCAGUCGAAGACCCAGGAAGAGAUUUACAAGAAAGUCAGGAACCUGAGUUAUGUGUGGCCGAAGGAAUCGAAUGUCAACAACUAUAUCCCAGACGAAGCGAAGGAUUUGGUGGCAGCUUGCCUGAACUUGGCCGAUGAUCAACGUCCAGACCCAGACGACAUCGUAGAACACCCGUUCUUCAAUAUGUACGACGGUUGUAUUCCCCGCCAGCUGGACCCGGCAUGUCGGUUCAAUAAACCGGCCUGGAUCAAGGAUCAGUCACCGCGUGGUGAUUGCAUGAUGAGUGGUUUUGGACUCGACUCAGAGGAGAAGUUGCGGGCCUAUGUGUAUCAGGUCGAUGACCCCAGCCAGCGAUAUCACUCUUGCAAGGCCGCUUUUUACUCACUCUGUGGCGUGGGGCGCAAGCCGGAUGGGACGGCGCGCAAGCCUGUGGGCCGGAACUGCUCGAAAUCGGCUUAUGCUGAAUGCGACACCGAGGAUUCGAGAGGACUUCGCCCGACUGUUCCUUUGCCGCCAGGCUUUGUGUACAGAUGGCCGCACGAGGUUGACGGAGAUUGGUGUGUGAUGGAAACUUCUCGAAAGGUUGUCCGCAACGACGAGUCCUCACUGGAGAGUAGCACACUGUCUCGCCGCAGUGUAUCCGUCCGCACCAACAAUGCCGCAACAUCCCGGACGAAUAAUGCGCUUGCGGCCGCUCAACAGCGGAGGAUGGAGCCUCAGAGUCAUGCUGCAACGCUUCGCCAGCAAGCUCUUGCAGGUAAAACCUCACCACGAAAACUCAACGACAUCAAUGAGCCACCUGUUCCGUCCUCUCGACCAAGUGCCGAACGGAAAGAGCCCGACUCGGAUGUGCCUUUGGGUAGUGAUGCUCCUGGUGGAUUGGCUCAACGCCCCAUUCGCACGCGAAGAAUGGUUUCCGCAUCCAAUGCACCGCCCCUGAGAACCGCGCAGAAGAAUGUCGUGCCACAAUUAACCAAGUCGACCAGCAUGCCGUCCGGGCUGACAGUCGGCAAAACUCGCUCUCAAUCCCGUCGAAUGGAAGCCGCUCACCAGGAUCCGUCCCAGCCCUCCGAUCUCACCAGAGAGCGGCAGGCUGCAAGACUGGAGGAGCGCAGAGCUGUUAGUCGACAAACGUCAUUGCGGUCCCUAUCACGACCGGAUAUCAAGGCUAUCGUUGAAAGAGCCGAACGGCCCAAAGCAAGCCCCACGGAAGAGAUGUUUCCAUCGAAUCAACAGUUAAAAUCAGUGCCUGAACCACAAGGAAUCAGUCGAUCAAACAGCAAAACGACUUCGGGUGGCAAGGCUCGCUCUAGCCUGGGAAUUAGCCCUCUCUUCCAUUCAAAUGAUCUAUGCGAGUCGCUUCCUGGAACUUCGUUGACUGAAGUGAACACUGGGUUGCGUCUUAUGCUCUCCAAUUUGGUGAACCAUGCCCCAGGCCGGCGUCGAACUGGGUCGAGAAAGCAACCCCACGCCUAUGUCAUCAAAUGGGUUGACUAUACGAACCGGUACGGGAUUGGGUAUGUGCUGGACGACGGAAGUGUUGGGUGCGUUUUCAAAGGCGAGAACGGACAGCCUGCGACUAGCGUUGUGCUACGAGAUGGCGAGAGACACAUCCGCCGUAAGGCGCGCAGUGUCGACAGCAGCGAGGAAAAGGAGUUUCCCUACUCAGAGGCGGACCAGCUUGUACCUCGCGACGGUGACUCGGUCGAGUUCUACGAAAAUCACGACGAUGAAUUGCUUGGGUGUCGCGGCAUUCGGCGCGCAUGCAUCUCUCCGUCGCUCUUCGAUGUGAAAACCUCGAAAGCGAUGAGGACCCGUGCCAACAUGGGUACAGACAGCGAAAAGUCCGACGCCGAGAAAGUCAAGAGGGUGAAGCUUGUUGACCAGUUUGGCAAAUACAUGAUCGGGUCACUUGGCCGGCACGGCGAUGAGGGUAUUGCAGAUGUGGACUUACCCAGUCACAAGAGCGCCCAAUUCAUCAAGUUCUACCAGCGCCUCGGCAAUGUCGGUAUCUGGGGUUUCGGCGACGGUGCAUUUCAGUUCAACUUCCCCGAUCACACCAAACUCGUCAUCUCGCCUGGCCGGACUCGCAGCUCAUCCCCAUGGAUUGACUUUUACCACUUGUCGCCCUCGGCAGCGCGAUACUUCGCAGCCAAGGGCAAGAUGCACCCCUCUGGAUUCGACACCCGUGCCGUGGCCUCGGACGAGGCAACGACUUUUCUUAGCAUUGUCAGCGGCGAGUCGUUGAGCUCGGUUGAGGACCGGAUCCGGGAAAUUCUCGACGCCAACUCUUUCGCCCAAAAGAUCAACUUCAUCAAGGAUGUCUUGAAAGUCUGGAUCAAAUAUGGCCGUCUCGGUGGUCGUCCAUCGGCUGCGGAGCCUCCUUCUGGGGAACAGUCCACGACGCCAGAAAUGUUCUGGCAGGGCACCCAGGAGCGUGCUCAGCCCGGAGGCCAUGGAACCAAAUUUGUUUGGGUGACCGUUGGAGCCCCGAAUGGCGAUGGACAGUACCGAGCUAUUGUUUUGAAAGACGGAGACCGGGAGAAAAUGGAGAAGCGGGCUUCGGCGGAUUAUGACAAGGAGAUGGACAUGUUGAAGGAGCGACUGCGAGCUCUGGGCCGCGAGUGA